UGCGCGGACUCAUAGAGUCUUCCGGUAUCGAUAGCAUAAUAGUGACCAGAGGAAACGAAAGUUAAAAAACUCAUUAGCUCUCGCCUCCAACGGUCUCUUCGGUAGCCUUGAAUAGUCGAACUGAAACCCCCCUGGCGAGUGCAAUAUUUGGACUUAUAUCUGUGAAAUGACACGGUCACAAUGGUUCUACUUCUAAUGUGUUUUCACUUCGUCGCCCAAGUACUGAGUGAGGCACCUCCAGAUCGGCCACAGAAUGUCCUGUUUGACAACUGGCAGUUGACAUGGACCCCUGCCACAGAAAAGCACAAUGUCACCUACACUGUUAAGUACCAGAGCUUGAAGGCUGGUAUUUGGAAAGAUGUCCCAACCUGCAAGCGGAUAUCUUUCACCUCCUGUAAUGUCACUUUCAUGAAAACAGAGGCAGAACAUGGGUGUGUUAUGAUGGGUGUGAUGGCAGAGAGGCAUGGGCUGACUUCAGAACUAGCUCAAGCCUGUAGUAAACAAGGUUUCUCAUGUAGCCCCGAAGUUGUGUUGAGUGCACGCCCCGGCUUCUUGACUGUUCACUUAAGUAGAAACAGUGGGUUUUCUCUGGAAGGUUACCAUGUGAAACACAGGAUUUACUUUGGAAAGAAGGGAGAACCUUUUGAGACAUAUGAUGCAGUGUCCUCAGUGUCUUUUCCUGAGGUAAAGGAGGGAGAGCAUUACUGUGCAAGUGUGCAGUACCUUUAUUUUGACUAUCUUGUCGGAGUGGUAAGCUGCACCCAGUGCCAAGUCAUCCCACAGUCAAGUGCAGCAACAAAACAUUUGGAAGCAAUAGUCGCCGUGGUAAUCGUCCUGGUUAUUUUGAUACCACUCUUUGCCUACAUUUUCCUCUUUCAGAGGAAGAGAAUCAAAGAAUUGCUGCAACCUUCAUACAAGAUUCCAAAUCAUUUCUUCCUUGAUGUACGUCAUCCGUAUCGCAUCCCCAUUUCCAGCGACAGCCCAACUGAGGUCUGCGACGAUAUUUCAAGCAUGGACUUCAUCAAGCAAUGAAAUAAGAGGGCCUCACUCCAGUAACCUGAUCACUCAGAUUUGGGGACUCCAACCCGUCGCUUGCGUGCUACCAGUAGCUCUUUUCUUAGCUUCUUUUCUCCGGACUCUGCAAACUGGACGAGCGAGCAUGAGCCUCGCUCACUGGGUCUUAUGCAGUGACCUUUCCGGUCCGUUACUCAAAAAGACCUGUGUGCUCCAUAACUAUUUCCAAGGUUCUUUUUGAUACACGACAGAGACAGCGUUGACAGGUGUCACAAGAGAAACCAGCAACCAUCUCUAUGAAAACAAGCCCAAAGUUGAUUAUAAUAAGCAGACUUGGCAACACUGGAUGGAGAAUCAGCGCAUUAGUCCGGUCCCCAAGGUAAAUACUGUCCGUUAUUCUUAAUUAUUUAAGAAAUGUGGUUGUUUGUAGUACAUGCUGUUGAAUUGAUUUCCAAAAAGUAUUUCUUAUGUAAAAUUAAGUUUUUCUGUUUGAAUGCAUGUUAAAAUUGCGGUGUUUUUUUUGGUGGGUGGCUUAAAUGAAAUUGAUCUCGGUAAGUUGGAAAUUUGAGAUACAAGUGUUUUAAGUUACGUGCUGGGUAGCGGGAAAAAACACUCAUGUUGAGGAACUACUGUCAUUGGAAAUUGGUUCUCAGGGUUCUCUCAUAGCCGUUUAACAAGGGGUGUUUAAUCGUGAACGUCACAUGGCUCAAGCACACAAAUAAACUGGAGGUAACAAUGGUGGCAAGUUACAGCUGGCAUUUUCAGAAUGUACUGUAUUGACUUCAAAGUCAUUGAUGUACAAACCCCGUUUCCAUAUGAGUUGGGAAAUUGUUAGAUUUUACAUAUAAACGGAUUACAAUGAUUUGCAAAUCCUUUUCAACCCAUAUUCAAUUGAAUGCGCUACAAAGACAAGAUAUUUGAUGUUCAAACUAAUAAACUUUUUUUUUUGCAAAUAAUAAUUUACUUAGAAUUUCAUGGCUGCAACAUGUGCCAAAGUAGUUGGGAAAGGGCAUGUUCACCACUGUGUUACAUCACCUUUUCUUUUAACAACACUCGAACAUUUGGGAACUGAGGAAACUAAUUGUUGAAGCUUUGAAAGUGGAAUUCUUUCCCAUUCCUGUUUUAUGCAGAGCUUCAGUCGUUCAACAGUCCGGGGUCUCCGCUGUCGUAUUUUACGCUUCAUAAUGCGCCACACAUUUUCGAUGGGAGACAGGUCUGGACUGCAGGCGGGCCAGGAAAGUACCUGCACUCUUUUUUUACAAAGCCACGCUGUUGUAACACGUGCUGAAUGUGGCUUGGCAUUGUCUUGCUGAAAUAAGCAGGGGUGUCCAUGAAAAAGAUGGCGCUUAGAUGGCAGCAUAAAUUGUUCCAAAACCUGUAUGUACCUUUCAGCAUUAAUGGUGGCUUCACAGAUGUGUAAGUUACAAAUGCACUAAUGCACCUCCAUACCAUCACAGAUGCUGGCCUUUGAACUUUGCGUCGAUAACAGUCUGGAUGGUUCACUUCCCCUUAGGUCCGGAUGACUCGAUUUCGAAUAUUUCUCAAAACAAUUUGAAAUGUGGUCUCGUCAGACCACAGAACACUUUUCCACUUUGCAUCAGUCCAUCUUAGAUGAUCUCGGGCCCAGAGAAGCCGGCGGCGUUUUUGGAUGUUGUUGAUAAAUGGCUUUCGCUUUGCAUAGUAGAGCUUUAACUUGCACUUACAGAUGUAGCGACAAACUGUAUUUAGUGACAGUGGUUUUCUUAAGUGUUCCUGAGCCCAUGUGCUGAUAUCCUUUAGAGAUUGAUGUCGGUUUUUGAUACAAUGCCGUCUGAGGGAUUGAAGGUUACUGUCAUUCAAUGUUAGUUUCCAGCCAUGCUGCUUACGUGGAGUGAUUUCUCCAGAUUCUCUGAACCUUUUGAUGACAUUGUGACCGUAGAUGUUGAAAUCCCUAAAUUUCUUGCAAUUGCACUUUGAGAAACGUUGUUCUUAAACUAUUUGACUAUUUGCUCACACAGUUGUGGACAAAGGGGUUUACCUCACCCCAUCCUUUCUUGUGAAAGCCUGAGCAUUUUUUGGGAAGCUGUUUUUAUACCCAAUCAUGGCACCCUCCGGUUACCAAUUAGCCUGCACACCUGUGGGAUGUUCCAAAUAAGUGUUUGAUGAGCAUUCCUCAACUUUAUCAGUAUUUAUUGCCACCUUACCCAACUUCUUUGUCACGUGUUGCUAGCAUCAAAUUCUAAAUUUAAUGAUUAUUAGGAAAAAAAAAUGUCUCAGGUUGAACAUCAAAUAUGUUGUCUUUGUUGCAUAUUCAAAGGAUUUGCAAAUAAUUGUAUUCCGUUUAUAUUUACAUCUAACACAACUUCCCAACUCAUAUGGAAACAGGGUUUGUAAAAUGAUGUUGCUAUCCCAAUUAUUUAUUAAAGUACAAUGUCCACACUA